UCCGAGCGAGCAGGCUGCUUGAUGCAUCCAGUUCCCAACCGUCUGAUGCCUACCGCACUGGUACCGGUAUGGGGCAGCCAAAAGCAGUUUGGUGAUCUUCUUGAUCAGUCGAUUUGAGUGAGCUUGCUAAAAAUCCCCUUAGUUUUUCUGGCAGGCUCUGCAUACCAUACCGUACGGUACGGCAGAGAAAUGAAUGGAUACCAGUAGUACUUUCCUUUUUAUCUUAUGACUACUACUAGUGGUACAUGUAUUUGUAUGUAUACACCCUUGCUCAAUUCAUUGUAAUCCGUUGAUGUACGUACACCCUCUUUAAUGGUUGAUUGAUCCCUCGUUCUUCUUUUCUGGCUGGUUAGGCCAAGUCAGCGGUUACUUCUUGCAAUUCUCUGUUUACCGUCGACGCCAAGUUCUUCGUGUGCCUGGGGAUGUUCCUGACAAACUUGACAACCAUCCGACCCACUUCCUGGACGACCGUGUUGUCUUCUUCCUCACGCACCCGUUUCAAGAACGUCCGGACUCUUCGAAAGGGGGUUGGACGACGGGGUAGCCGUGCUUCUUGCAACGUCUUCUCGGUCUGUUGCAUAGUCUUCUUGUGCUUGCCAGUAUCUCGUCGUGCCGGAUGAGACGGCAUGAUGUGCUGGUCGACCAAGUGAUCGUGGAUUUGCCCGGCUACACUGACAACAAACGUGGACUCGUGGUGACUUGAUUGUUCCAACGAGGAAAUCGUGCCGACCACGACCAGCAAAAAGAUCACGAGCAGCCAACGCACAGUCGUCAUGGGAUUGCCUGUCUUGGUCUUGUCUUGGUAUUUCUCAAAAGCACUUACUGACCUGGACCUACUAGUGCUACAUGUAGUAGUACGUGUACAAGCAGUAACUCCAGUAGUAAAAGCUGGAGCCUUGGGUUCUUCUGGUUCUCUUGCAGUCAUGACCUCCUCUUCAGUUUCUGCAUUUACGCGAUGUAGCCCUUGUAGCUCUGCCAGCUGACGAGCACUUGACAUAGGUGGCACAGUGCAGGUAAUGCUGACACUUCUAGGGACUCCCCCAUGGCCACUGCUGUUGUGUGUACCCGUACCAGUGUCAGUACCCGUCCCAUGAUCCUCUUCUUCCAAACUAGCCGUACUUGAAAACACAUCUAGAAUGGGACCUUGCUUGCCUCCCACGGGAGCAAAUGGGUCACAAAACACUAACCCUUUCGGAAACAAUUCUUUCAAGAGGUUGCGACACGCUUCGUCUUGUCUCUCUGGCUGCUGCUGCUGUUGCCUGUUGCUCUCAUCCUCUCGACUCGUCACAAGACUAUCUUCAUAACUCGCAAUUGUACUCGUAGCACCCAUAGCACCCAACACACCGCCGGUAGGACCACCCACCGCUGCCGUCGACAUCGUCAACUCACUCUCACACUUUCGUUCUUAUUACUCUUUCUCACCCCAACAACAAAUUUGCAGGGUUGCUGGGUGCGUUGGAUUCUGGUGUCAACGGAUGAGAAUUCGUCACAGAACAUGUGAUGUCUUCUUUUGACUUAUGCCCUUUUAACAGCUUUCGCUUCUUUUUGCUGCUUUACUUUCAUUUGAUUGGUUCUCCAAUACCUUUGCGACAUACUUGAACGUGCUUUCUCGAGUGAUUAAUUAAGCCUGGUCGUUCUUUGUAAGAAUUGACACCACCUGUAGGGUUUGGGUUGUUUUCUUCACAAAAACUAUGCAAUGCAUCGUGGGGGUGCAAAGGAUGUGCCAGCUAGUAGACUACUGUCAUUACAAAUGCACUCAAUGGAUGGUGUCUGUUACUAUUAUUCUUUUUGUUAGAUACAUGGAAUAAUGCUGUUUUGAGGACAGGUAACUCCUUGAUAGGUUGUGUUGUACAGAGCUGCACGUUGACGAGAAAGAUCCAAAUAGGAUUGUCGGUUGUUGGAGGAUCGACUAGCUUGCAUGAGUUGACGACGUUCUUGGAGGCGUUUCAGGGUUUCUUCUCGCUUUCUGUUUUCUUCUUCUGGGUCGUCUUCGUUGCUACCAGUACUAAUUUCCUCUUGGGCUUGACACGGUGAAGGAGCACCUACUAGUACUAAGCCAGUGGCAAGUACGGCUGCAGAACCUUGAAUACCUUUGUGAAGGAUGACCCUGCGACGAUUCACACUGGGGUCUUCGUAAUUAUUGCCUCUAUUCUCCAACUUUGCAGUUGUCGAUUGUUUGUGUACGGGUAAGUUUGCUGGAAGAAGGUUCCACCCAUCGGCAAACCGAAACACACUGCAGAAGAGCAACGCCACGAGAGACGCUCGAGCAACAGCCAAAGGUGAACCAGUGAUCGUCUUCAUCGCGGCUCUUAUUAUCGACUGGUACGGUACGCACUCAGCUCAAACGAUUUGCUUUGCGAUGGAAGAUGUGGCUGUGGCAGCCCAAACUUUACUAAAACUCGGAUGAACCAAUGCUACCUGUCUUCAAUAAAUCAGCAGGCUGCAAUGUCAUGCAGUUACUGUAGUGUCAAAAUUGCUAAUAUUUGAGUCGUGUAUACUUAGCGAACAGAACAGCCAGGAAUGUACCAAAAUGGGCCGCGAUAAAACACGCGAUAACCAACGACGGAAUUUUACGUGCGGCAGUCACGAAUACAACUUUCACCAUCAGAAAUGGAAAAUAAAACAUACAUUUCGACCAUUUUAUCAAUACUGGAGUGAAAAAAGUAAAUGUCCAGUAGGUUUUACGAGACAUUCCACAAGACCAAACUAAGACGUGCAUCCUAUAGAGUCACAAAGUCGAUCGAUGACUGCUUUUUAGUCCCACCGACCAUCGAUGAUCAUUCUUCAAUAACCCAGCAACUCGAUCAUGGUACCAGGUACGUACAUUCAUACUAGCUACCGGUAGCAAGACUAUCAUAGUACAUCCAACAACAAUUGCAUAUGAUAGUGCGUGAGAUCAGUGAGAUCGACAAAAGCUUAUCCACUAGUACCAUAGGAAGCACUAUUAUUUUAAUAGUAUACCGUAGUAUACCGUAGCAUAGAAGGAUGAUGCUGUUACUAGGAAGAGGUGUGGCUGUGAUUGUGGCGUUGACGUUGACGUUGAGUCUUUUGGCAGAGUCCGUGUUUGGCGCUGGGAAUGAAGAGGAUGUGUUGAUCAAGAAUGCGGGAAGCACGCCUGCAACAGGAGGUGAUGCCAGUGAGAAACUUUGGUACUCUUGUACCUUUCGGAAUCUCUGGACAGCCGAGAGGCAACCCGUCAACUUUCCUAACGAGGCCAAGUGGACCGGGCCAAUUGCGUGGACGCACACUCUCCAGUACCAGCCUUGGAAAGCAAGCUAUCCCGUCACCCUCGGGGUGGAAAAGCUGGCAGAGGAAGGAUCCACGGACGCUCUGAUUCAAGAAUUCGAACAAGCAUCCACUCAAGUGCUUCACUGGCCUGAGUACCCCGCAGGUUCAUUCUCAGUGAAUCAGCGCUAUUUCGUACACUUGCCGCCUUUAGAAGCAUCCUAUGAGUACCCUUACAUGACUUUCAUGGCGGGCAUGUCACCCAGUCCGGAUUGGUUCACAGGAUUUUACAGCUUUUGGCUCAUGGAUGAAUACACCCGGACGUGGUACGACCAUGUCAAGAUACAGACAAAGCCGUGGGACGCGGGAACGGAUGCGGGCACAACCUACGACGCACCCGACAACGACCUCGAUCCGCAGAUUCCAGUCGAACGAUACGUACUGAGAAAUGCUCCAGAGGGCGGAGAACUCAGAGGACCCAAUGGACAAAAUAUUCCAUCCGUGGGAGAACUGGAAUGUCUAUUGACGGUCGGAGAGGAGCCUCUCGUUCUCCCAGAAGAAUGCGAUUGGAUUGCCAAUCCCUGUUGCAAUGAAACAAGCGAUGCCGCAACCAAUAAUUGUAGGGUCCUUCCAAAUGGGGAAGUACCGCAAACGUCGCCAGAGCUACAAGAAGUCCUGCAGAAUCGUAAAGUUGUCACGUUGGCUCUACGAUUCGAGGUGGGCUUUUUCGAGGGCACCGAAAUCAGGGACCUCGAACAAGCCGAAAUCGACGGCCUUCUCGAACAAAGCAAACUCUUUUAUGAGUCUGUGCUGCUCGGUGGCCAAUACGCGGACCAGUUCGUUUCCGUCAACGCACAGUACAUUGAUAGUGCUCUCAACAACAGGGACACCGGUCUCGGAAUCGGAUUCGACUUCGAUCUUGUUGUCGAUUUCGAAAGCGGGGAAACGGCUCCGGGCAAAAUUGACGUAUUUGAUCAUUUGCAAAAUUCGGAUUACCAAUCGUUUAUUACGGAACAUUUGUGGAUGAUACAGGGCAUCUUUUUUGAGACUCAAAUCGUGGCAUUGAUCGCCCGAGUCGACGAAACUGCGAGUUCCCCACGAUGCCCGGAACCUGUUGUUGAAUGCCCUGUCCCCACAAGGCGGGAAACUGUGAUUUGUGGUGACAGUAACUCUCCCUGUGAGUACGGCAGUGAAUGUCUUGCAGCUGCAGCUGGAAUUUAUGGUUGCAUUCCUGUGGAACCAACUCCAACCCAAAGGCCACAAGGCAUCAACGGAGGAAAUUCUGUAUUGGGUGUCAUUCAGUCGGACCCAGAGCUCAGUGAAUUUGCAGUGGCACUCGAGUUGUCUGGCCUUGACAGCCUUCUGAACGAGAAUGACAAAGAAUUCACAGUCUUUGCACCCUCCAACCAGGCCAUUGCCAAUGAUCCUGUCUUCUCAACAUAUGCAACAAUGGAUGGCUGGAUUCACCAUCUGCGAACUAAUGUUCAGCUGAUGAUUGUGCAAAACCAGGUCCUGACUGAUGCAGACAUCUUUGAUGCUGCUACAACAGAGCUAGUUUCCCUAAAUGGUACCCUCCAGAUCUCUCAACCGUUUGCUCAAGUCAACCUGGUUUCCAUGGAGAGACCGAACCAGGCUGGUUCAAAUGGAGUGGUGCACACAAUGGAUGGCGUCAUUAAGAACUACUGGAGAGAGUACACUUUGAGGGAUGUGAACCAACACGAUGAGCUGGUGGACGGCCUCUCUCCAAUCUUGGACAGAAUUCAGUUUGAUGAACCGCUCAUGGAGUUUGAGCCAUCCGGAACUAGCUGGAUUGCCGCCAGGAACAGAGGCUAUGGGAAUGAUUCCAUUGCCUUGGGAUUCUAUCCCAUUGUGCAGGAACUAAAGGACCCCAACAACGCUGAGUUUCAAAACUUGACAUACAUGUACAAUCUCAUUGAUUUCAACUUGUAUGAACAGGAUAUUGAACGGGGUUUCCAGCUCUUGGUUAUGCCCAGGGCUGGUGUUGCUCAUAUGUGGAUCACCAAGGACAUGACAAAGGGCCUUCUUAGGUUCAAUGAUGCUGUGUUAGACAGGCAGGCUUUUGCCAGCAAUGGGGUCACACAAAUAGUGACAAAGCCAUUGAUCCCACCAGGACUGGCAAUGCUAAUGCAGUUCUGUGCAGAUUACACUACCAUCAAUCUGAAGGAUAUGGCUCAGUACUACAGGUCAUCAGAAUGGAAUUUGCGCAACCUCUCCAAGUCAAUUGGGACACAGCAGGGGUCCUUCAGCGUGUUUGCUCCCUUGCAAGAUGGUUAUGGAGUAUUCAACAUUGAGGUUGGUGUGCGCAUUUCUACACUUGAAUGGAAACGGCAUCUGUGGGACUUUCUCCUGCAUUUGACCAUGGAGCCCGCCUACACCACAGACGAGCUUUACCAACUUUUGGAAGAUGCUGGUGGUACCAUGGAAGUGAAAAUGUUGAGUGGCUUCCAUACCACAUUUGCUUUGGACGACGAAGGGGAGCUGACCAUUGAUGGAGCCAGGCUGCUGAAACCAUAUGACAUGAAAGGUGUUGAUGGGUACAUCCAUCUUGUUGAGCAAGUGCCCUUGCCUCCUUCUGUGCUCUACACUAUCUAUGACCAAACCCAGCAGAACCCAGACAUGACCACAGUCACAAGACUCAUUGACACAGUUCAGUUGGGCGUCUUCAUUGACAAUCUGUUGCCUAUGACAUUCUUUUCUGCUGUCAACAGUGCUUGGGAUAUCAUCAUUCCUUCACUCGAGAUAGAGGAUGUGCUGAAGAACAUGAUGUUUGAGUUGUUGUGGUUUGAUGACUACUUGGCAGACAUGGAUGGACAACAAAUCACUUCAGUCAAUGGGAAGAAGUGGAAUGUUCAGGUAUUUGAUGACCCUGAUGGAGAACCAUUGCAUUAUGAUCCUGAGCGGUCACCUGUGAGGAUCUACAUCAGCAAUGCUGAUGGUCCAGAAGGGUUGACCAACUGCACUUUCAUGUAUGGCCCAAAUAGAACAAACAUCCUUGCAAGAACAGGAGUCAUCCACCACAUGGACUGCCUCCUUCUCGACUACAACUACUCCAAGGUUGACCAGCAGGCGCCAACAUUUGCACCAGUGCAAGUAACUUCCUCGCCCUCGCUUGCAUCUUCUCAGUUGCUUACCUCGAAUCCAACAACGAGUUCCUCUGAAUGUCCUGAACCGCAUCUGGCACUAUCUGUCGUAGUGAAGAACUGGCAAACAUCUGAAUGUAUCUUUGGGCUGUAG